AGAGAGAAGAGCAGCUGUCAUGUUUGUGUUGCUAACUUCAUUGUGGUAGUGUAUUUUUUAAUAAAGUGGAACAAGAAAAAGUGAAAUUUCAAUUCAAUUCAUGGUUAGAAAAGUGCAUUAUUUUAAGAAGUUACCAUUACUUUUGAAGAGACUUACCGCUGGCUGUAGUUUGAAUUUAAGCAAGAUGGAGGGUGUCAUAACAACUAUAAGUGGUCAGAAGAGACCAGCUGCAAGCAUAGAUGCCUCACCUAACAAAAAGACAACUUUUGUUGGGAUUUCGCCCAUGAGAGAAUUGACAAAUGUCAAAACACCUGUAGAUAGACCUUUUAGAGUGUCUGUAGAAGGUAAUAUUGGAGCAGGAAAGUCCACACUAAUCAAAUAUUUUCAGAAUAUGCCUGGGAUUGAAACAUAUUUGGAACCUCUAGAAUGGUGGCGGAACGUGGAUGGACACAAUCUCUUAGACCUAAUGUAUUCAGAUGUUCACGAAUGGUUACGAGUUUUCCAGACCUAUGUGCAGCUUACUCGCCUUAAAAUCCAAACGUCCAAACCAAGCUCAUCAUCGACAACAGUACAAAUGUUCGAAAGAUCGAUACAGAAUAAUCGAUAUUGUUUUCUGGAGCAAGCUUACAGGAGCGGGUAUAUCCACGGUGCCGAUUAUGCUGUUAUAGAUCAGUGGUACAGGUGGAUAAGAGCCAAUGAAGAUAUUGCCUUAGAUUUGAUAGUAUAUCUUCGAAGUAGUCCUGAAACAGUUUAUGAACGAGUAAAAGCGAGGAAGAGACCUGAAGAAAACAGUCUUUCAUUGGAGUAUCUUAAGGAACUACACGACAGUCAUGAAAGGUGGCUAAUGUCUGACGACGAAAGAUUCAACACCAUUCCUGUAUUAGUAUUGGAUGCAGACAAGACGUUAGAUGAAAUUAUCGAACAGUAUAAACAAAAUGAAAACAAAAUAUUAGGAUACGAGAAGCGUAAGAGACAAAAAGUGGAAGCAGAGGAAAAGGCAAAAGUAAAAAAAACCCUAUUUGGAUAAUAAAAGCUAUUAAUAGAUUAGGAACAAAAAAUUAACACUUAUUUAGAAUUCCGACUACUUUAUAUGUAAAGAAGAAAUGUUGCGUUUUUGAGCGUACUACUUUUAGCCAAAGAUAAUUUUGUAAUUUAUAAGAAAGAUAAGUUGAAAUAUACUUUCAAUCUAA